AUGCGAUAUCAGUGGCUGUCAUCAUGUUCGAUAUCAACUUUAAAGCGAUGAUUUACGUGAAAUUCGGCCUUCCCAGGCUGUUCCAUCAGCUUAUGAAAGAAGAGCAAUCGAUCGAGGAAAAUUCCCACCAGGAAAUAUCCGACUACUACCUGAGGCAAUGUGAACUGUAUGUGAACAUUUGCACUUUGCAGCUGGUCACCACCAUAUUUCCUACGUAUUUCUACAUUCUGGUCAACAUUCUGCAAUUUCCUCUCGAUGCGGAAAAUUUCAUGUACGAAAUGUGGAUUCCAUUUCCCGUACAGUGGAAAGUUCUGGCCAUCUUUAAAAUCGUCAUUUGCCAAUAUGGAAUUUUUAUGAACACGGCGGUUCGCAGCGCCCUUCAAAGCCUGAUGAUGUUCAUCACCUCGCAACUGUGGAUACUACAAGUCAACAUCCGAAACGUCUUCAGUGAGUUCAGUGAGGAAGCGGCAAGGGAGGAACUAGGGAAACUUAUACGGAAACACCAGUUUCUCAUAGGAUUUGUGGAAAAAGUGAACGACUCAGUCAAGUACAUUCUCCUGCUGGAAUAUUUGCUGGAUUCCAUUAAUAUGGCGGCUGCCAUGCUCCAAAUUGCAACGGCUUCAAGUGUAACAGAAAUGACCUUUACUCUGGUCUAUUUCAUACUGUUGCUGACGCAGCUGGUGAUUUUGGCUUGGAGCGCAAACGAAAUUAAUACUCAGAGCGUCGAGGUCUCCAAUGCCAUCUACCAGAGCAACUGGAUGGAUCAGAACAAAUCCAUUAAAACCACCCUGCUGAUCAUGCUGAUCCGAGCUCAGAAGCCUUUGGGGUUGACCAUUGGACCUUUCCGCUUUAUGAAUCUUGAGGCCAGCCUAAUGACAAUGAAAGCUUCCUACACAUAUUCGCGAGUUAUGACGGAAACUUACGCCUAAACAGGAUUAUCAUGCUACAAUUCUAUUCUUGGCGCACAUUUGCUAGAUUAGCUGUAUAAUUUUCUUUAGGGCACUUGGAAACUUUACCGUUACUAAUUACUACCCAUCACCAACUAAGUAUUGUCUUCUUGAACCUCUUUAAUGAGUAAUUAAAUUGCGUUGGAAAGUUUAGUGUUA